GUCCAGGCACUGUGGGGUGUAUUGUGUAAUAAUGGGCCCCAGAUGUGGCAGCCUUUAAGGCAUGAAGCACCAAACAAGCCUCGUGUCUGUCUCUCAAACGUCUCUGGAUCGCAAUACGAUCCCAAUUCAGCAUCGAACACAUUGAAGGCAGUCUCAGUCAGAAGAGGAGCUCCCACCAAGCAUGCUGCUUAAGAGAGUAUGCUUUGAAGUUGAAAAAAUUCCAGGAGUUUCCUGUAACAACGUUGGACUAUAAUGUGAACCAGGAGCCGUGGAGUAUUCCUCCUUAUCCCCAGUCAAGCCAAUCUGCUUGGGAGAGACAUCAUCACUUCAGCUGUGUGCUGUGUCUGCUUCAAGGCAGUUUCCCUGUGGAUUAUAAAGUGACCACCACCCCACUGAGGAUGUCUAGGUUGCUCUGUGCUCUGCUUGUCCUUAUGUCUCUGUGGAGUCACAGCCUAGGGGUUUCUGCCUCACAGCCAGGGAAGGGAAGACAUAAGACCAGACCUCAGUAUAAAGAACCUGCUGGUCUCCUGGCUCCGGAGGAUGAUCAUGGAGGAGAGGGAGACCACGAGACCAGGAAAGUCCUUGACCCAGAACAGGAAUUCCUGGAUGAUUUUGCAGGUAAGAAGCGUUUGUGGGUAAUCACGGCCCCGUCGCACAGCGACAACUACCUCCGCAUGAUGGAGAAACAGAUUCAGGACAUGGAGCAGGAGGGGCUGAACUGCCGCCUGGCCGAGAGGGACACCUUCAUCGUCACCAUCAUCCAGAACGCCAUGAUGGAAGGCAGGAUCCAGAAGACCACCUUCCAAGGAGAGGCCACCAUGGAGAGCAUUGACUCAGACAUGGUCACCAAGCUGCUGCAUUACCUUGAGCUGGGGGAUCAAGGCUUCUCCAUGCUAGUCAUGAAGAAGAACCUUAGGGUGAGUGAGCGGUUCCCCUACCCUGUCCGUGUGGAGGCCAUCCUAGAGGUCAUUGAUCAGUUCCCCUUGCGCAAGUUGGAAAAACUCACCAGGAAGGGCUCCCCUCUGAAAUGUAAAAUCACCAAGAAGAGGCUGUUGAAGAAAAAGAUUCCUGUGAAAAAGAAGGUGUUCAGUCCCCAUAUGCAGGGAAACGUUACCUCUGUCACCCAGAGGAAUACCGUGGCCAAGAAGGCUGCACUGAAGAGCAAAAUUCAGGACAUUCUCAGCGGUCGCUCCAGGUUCAUCAUUCGAAAGACGACCACUGAUUCAAAACGAACACAAGUAUUCAUCGCAGGGAAGGCAAACUCCAAAGAUGUGGGAAAGGACAACCAAAAGAAGAAUGGAAAUGUUUUUACAGAAAUAAACACAUAUCCUUCGACUGUAGAGAAAAGAGAAAAAAAGACUGUAGCCAACUCUAGAGAUAAUAAACCAGAGAACGUUGGUGGGGGAGAAGAAACCUUGGAGAAAAAUAAAUCCCCCAAAAAAGGCAAGGGAAAGAAAGAUGGGAAGAAAGGGAAAGGGAGAGGGAGACGAAGGAAAAAUCACAGAGAAGUGAAUGAGAACAAUAAGAAAGCACUGAUGGACUUUGUAGAGCAUUUGAAGGGGAAGAAAAGACUUAUGGUGAUAGCCACGCCCAGUGCCAGCACACCUCAGUAUGUCCAGCAGAGGGAGGAGAACGAGCUUCAUUUCUGUGACCUUGCCCUGAGAAAAGUUACAAUGGCAACCAUCCUGAGCUCAGGGCCUGACACUACCCUCACCCUACACCACUACCAACUUGAUUCUGAGGCGCCAUUCACCUCACUACCAGAGAAGUUCACUGACCCAGAUCUCAUCUCUCAACUGAUGAAGCAGUAUGGGAUGUCCUCUAAGGUUUUCUCUAUGACUAUGACUGACUAUGACCUGAAACCCAAUAAAGUAUUUGAUGUACCUUCACCCUCAUCUGCGUUGAUGGAAUAUGUUGACACCUUUCCAUCGCGACGAUCUGAAAUGGAGAGAGAGAGAAAAACUCCACUGGCCUGCUCCAAAUCCCAAGACCAGGGCGGGGCAUUGUUGAGGUUCAUGUCUAAAAGGAGACUGCUGAUCAUCUCUACUCCAUCUGAGGACGACUACUCCUUCCAACAGCAGCUCCAGGGGCUGAGAGGACAGGCCUGUCCCAUGGGCGUCCGUCAUUUUGCCUUGUUGAAGUUGAUCGGAACAGGACCAACAGCCUCAGGCUCUGUGGAACUGUUUCCACUCAAUGGAAAGAGCCAAACGGAGAACGAGCCUUUGUCACGGGACGUGGUCACUGGUCUCCAGGACCAGCUGAAGAUCAACCGGGAGUACUUCAGUAUGCUGGUGGUGGGGAAGGACGGGGAUGUGAAAGCCUGGUUCCCCUCCCCCAUGUGGUCUCUGGCCAACAUCUAUGACCUGGUGGACUCCAUGGAGCUACGUCAGCAAGAAGAGAAGCUGCAGAGGACUUUAGGUAUUCACUGCCCUGAGGACACUGGCGGUAGUUACCAAGGUUAUGAUGAGGAAGCAGAUGAGAGCUACCUUUACCACAGGUCAGAGGAGUAAAGGAGAGUAAACAGCCCAAAGGCCUCAAAAACCCCAUGGCAGCCAGCUCAAAUGAAUGGUUGUGGGUAAAAGUUUGACAUAAUAACAGAUUGAACCAUGAAAGGCUUUUUAUUUUAAAUGUUUUUGCAAACAUUUAUUAGAGGCGUGGCAUUUGUAGUUAGAAAUGGCCGACAUUACAAAAAAUGAUCUACAAUUGAAGAGUUUCAUUCCAAAACACUGUAUAUCCAUUAAAUGAGCUUUUAUUGUUUAAAGAACUUAUGAAAGAGAUUGAUGUGUGUUUUCAAUAUCAAAUCAUGACAUGGAGUUGUUCAAAAACAGAUUUGUUUAAAAUCUAUCACUUGAUGGAUUCCUUUCAGAGAGACAAGUAAAUCAUGUUUUUUCACAAAACGCUACAUACCGGCCUCACUCUCAGAGAAAUAAGUAGUACUGCUAGGUUUUACACAGUGAAAUGUUACAAAUAACUACAUAUGUAAUAAAGAACAGUACACAUUAUACAUUUAUUUGAAA